CUAGUGUAAGUAGCAUAACGCUGUAAUCAAGGCCCCAGCGGGGCAGUGGACUUUCCUUCUUACGCCUGACGCUGCUCCUUUCCGGCCCGAAAUGAGCGCACAAAAGUCAGCAGGCGUCAAGGAGGUGCUUCCAAAAGCCGGCCUCGUCGUUAGCGAGAAGGGCAACCUGACCGAAAUUCUGUGCAAGCCCAAGCUCAUGCCGCUCAAGUCAAUUACUCUGCAAAAGCUAGAGGAGAUGGAAGCCAAGAUUUCUGAGGUUACAAAACAGCAGCAGGCAGCACGCCUGGGCACAGCUGCUGGACCUCGGCCGGGCACUGCGACCAACAACGGCGGCUUUACUGCCUUCUAGAUAAUUAGUUCUAGUCGCUUCUCUAGCAGACUUGGCGCCUGUGCUGGUCCACGCCAGCAGCCGAUAGCCGAAGGGCCCUGGGCGGCGCAACUUACGUCGAGCGGUCGCAGCCAUGGGGAAAGGCGAACGCCCGGAGCAUAUGGCUCCGCCCGACAUCUUCUACAACGAGGACGAGGCGCGCAAAUACACAACAAACAGCCGCAUGAUCAACAUCCAGUCCACACUCACGGAGCGAGCGCUGGAGCUGCUGGCGCUGCCACAGGACGGCCUACCUCGUCUGCUUCUUGACCUGGGCUGCGGCAGCGGCCUGAGCGGCGAGGCGCUGAGCGAGGCGGGCCAGGUGUGGGUGGGGCUGGACAUCAGCGCGGCCAUGCUGGAUGUGGCGCACGAGCGGGAGGUGGAGGGCGACCUGGUGCUGGGCGACCUGGGCCACGGCCUGCCGCUGCGGCCCGGCUCCUUCGACGGCGCCAUCUCCAUCUCGGCCGUGCAGUGGCUGUGCAACGCGGACCGGGCGGGGCACGACCCGCGCAAGCGCAUGAAGCGCUUCUUUGAGACGCUGUACAUGUCGCUGCGGCGGGGCGCGCGGGCGGUGCUGCAGAUCUACCCCGAGAACCACAAGCAGGCGGAGAUGCUGGUGGCAGCGGCAAUGAAGGUGGGCUUCUCCGGCGGCCUGGUGGUGGACUACCCGCACUCCACCCGCGCCAAGAAGUACUUCCUGGUGCUCAUGGUGGGCACGUCCAUCUCGGUGCCCACCGCCAAGGGCCUGGACGGCGGUGAGCCUGAGGACGAGGAGGAGGAGGCGGCGGCGGAGCACGUGCAGGUGGCGGGCCGCGACCGCAACAAGCGGCGGCGCACGGGCAGCGGCAAGGGCGACGGCAAGGGGCGGGAGUGGGUGCUGCGCAAGAAGGAGCAGAUGCGCAAGAAGGGCUACGACAUAGCGCCCGACUCCAAGUACACAGCGCGCAAGCGGAAGCGCGUCGUCUGAGGCGCAAGCGGAGGCGGAUUGUGCGAGGCGGCGGGCCCAGUGGCCGCAACCUCCUGCACCGUGCCUGGGAGGGCUUGGGUUGUGUGCGGUGGAGUGAAAGCAGGGGCACAGGGGCGGCGGGCGGCAGAGUAUCUGGAGGGGCGUGGGCAGGCCGUGGAGUUGGUGCAAAGCAAGGGCUGCGGAUGGCAUGGCGGGUGCCAGGCCACAGGAUCUGCAUGCAGCAGCUGCAGCGAGUGUGUGUGUGUCGUGCAGCGGAUUUUGCAAGUUGCAAGGGCUUCACACGCGCACAUGCAGCGGCAGCCGACAUGGGGUUUGCAACAUGGGCGCUGGAGAAGGCCCUCCAGUGCCGGGCCGCUGCGGCAUGCGGCGGGGCUCUGGAGCGCACACAGGCAGCAGCUUGCGGGGGCCAGGAGCCGAGCAGUGGUUGCACGCCUAGUGUGUGCGCAUGGCUGGCUGGGUGUGGCAGAUACAUCGGUGACCGGUAUGCUUCUCUGGUAUGCCUCUCUGGUAGGGAAUGGUUGGUACGGCAUGGCUGCGGACGUUGUCAGUGCCAACUGAGUAACGGAGCGGGUGUUGGUGGGAUGCUGCUCCGAGGUAAGGGUAUGUGGUGGGAGCUACCUUACCCGCAGCAGCGGGUUACGGGUGGUGGGCACGGCGCGGGACACGAGCAUGGCGUGGAGAGGCGGGUAUCAAGGAGUUGAUAAACUCCAGACGUUGAAUGCUUGGUUGGCAGGCCGGCGGCACCGCCACACAGCCCAACGGUCGCACCAGCCAGUCCCAAGGGUCGUAUCUUGUUUUUGGAGCACCGGCCAGCGCACACCUGCUGUGCUUGGGACUUGCAGCGGCCCAUGAAAGCCAUCAGCCCGCUAGGGCCUUCUCUUGUUAAACUACAUCGUCCGGAGGGCGGGCCACGCACCAACGCUGCCGCGGAGGCGCUCGGCGUGGACGGGGACGAGCUCGGCGACCUUCUUUUUACGCUGUCGGAACUAUCGGAGGGGCAGCUCGAAUUCUUUCCGAUAGGCGCUGACAAUAAGGCAAUCGUUGCGUUGCGCAGUCUGCGAGAGGACCCAAACGCAACGAUUGCCUUAUUGCCAGCGGCUAUUGGAAAGAAUUUGAGCUGCUCCUCCGAUAGUUUCGACAGCGUAAAGAGAAGGUCGCCGAGCUCGUCCCCGUCCACGCCGAGCGCCUCCGCGGCAGCGUUGAAAGCCGCCACCUCCUUUUUGCUAACCAUAUCCGCUCAUGCAGUGGCACAACAAGGUCUGAAGGACGGCUACACGCUGUAUGCCGAGGCAGGGUUUACAUGCUACCGAAGUUGCGGAAAGCGGUGUUGCCACGCUGAAACCGAUUCACAGAGUUGAGUGCUUGGGCUCAGUCCAGCAAUGCGCAAAUGUGUAUCUGUCUUAGCGCUGUCUGACGGGGGAUGGGGACUGCGGCAUCAUUUGCGGGGCAAGCAACCACAAUUCAUGGUGCACUGCAUGCCUUGCUCUUGUCGGUGCCACUUACCGGUGCUCUCUUGUUACCUUCCGCGCGCAGGCCGCGUGCGCUAGACUCAGACUGUUCCGCAAGCAUGCACGGCGGGCCAGUACAGUGGCGGUUGCGGAUGUCACGCGAUACCGUGUGCUGGCGUACGUGUGAUGUGCCCCGCUGGUUCUAAGGUCUGCUUGUAGCCCCUUGCUCGACGGCUAGCAGAACAGGCGGGUCGUGUGGCUCAGGAUGCCUCUCACGAAUAUUGUUUACACGUUGUAGCCUUCAGGCGGCUUCUGUGUACCGGUGGUCAGAUGUUCUGGAAUCGCUAAGUGAUAAAUCAAGUAGCUCAAACUCUGACAAGCAGGUUUGAGCUACGGCGCCCACUAAAAGGGCCGCCAGCGCGCCCAUGCCGCAGCUCCGGGGCGCUACUGGUCUGACUUACGAACGUCCACGAACCCACACGAUGCUCAGCAACGCCGUGUUGCUAACAGGUAAUUCAUCCCAUCUUGUACCGUUCUAACACGGAAACGCGUGGAGAUACGCCCAGAUCACGCAACACGCUGACGUGGGAAGUGACACACGUCCUAACACAAAACCCGCCACCUAGUUCCGAGUCAGGGUUUUGUCCCUCUAAGUGGCAAUCAUGCUAAGUAAUGCGUGCAAACACCAUGCGGUGACACGGCAUGCACGGUCACACGCCAGGGCGUGACAGCUGUCACGCGAUACCGUGUGCUGGCGUAUGUAUUAUAAGUUUUUUUAUAAUAUCGUGUGACAGGUGUCACGUGAUUUCGGGGUUUUUUUUCUUUUUUUUCCACAUAUGACAGCUGUCAUGUGAUGGCGAGGUGCUGCUUUGACGGAUUGUGAAAGUGGGGAGGGGGGAGGGGUGUGUGUGUGUGUUGCAAUGCGAGUGAAUGUGGCGAGGGAUAGUGCCGGGAAAGCUGCCUAACGUCAGGGUUAGGGUUGUUGCGGCUGUCGGGUUUAGGGCAGUGUCAGUGCGGAACGGGUGCCUCCCGGGCUCCGGACGGUAGAAGGCUGAGUCAUUGCUAGUCUUAUUCUGCGGUGCUUUACGGGUGUGAAGUACGUUGGAACGCAGUUUGUAGAUGCCGUUAUGACGUGGCUAAGGAUUUGCGUAUCCGGAUGAGGCGAUUCCCCCUUGGGGCGCCGUUGUUUGUGUGGUCACUAGCUCGAGACGACUUGUUCUGUCUCGAGCUCUCUGGUACGGCUUGCUGGUUAGCGAUUUCACAGACAGAACCCCGCUGCGCCUAUACACGGCCGGUGGUAAUACGCGUUUAACCAACAAGAGGUC